CAUGGUGCUCGACCUGGACCUUUUCCGCGCCGACAAGGGCGGCGACCCGGCCCUCGUCCGCGAGACGCAGCUCAAGCGCUUCAAGGACCCGGCCCUCGUGGACGCGCUGGUGGCCGCCGACGGGGCCUGGCGAAGAUGCAGAUUCCGUGCAGACAAUUUGAACAAAUUGAAGAACCUGUGCAGCAAAACUAUAGGAGAGAAAAUGAAGAAAAAAGAACCAGUAGGAAAUGAUGACCAUGUACCCGAAAAUGCACAAAAUCUUGAUGAGCUCACAGUAGACAUUUUAGCAGGUCUUCAAGUAAACCAAAUAAAGAAAAUCCGUCUUCUUAUUGAUGAAGCCAUACUGAAGUGUGAUGAAGAGCGCUUAAAGCUAGAAGCAGAACGGUUUGAGAACCUCAGAGAAAUUGGAAAUCUCCUUCAUCCCUCCGUGCCAAUCAGCAACGAUGAGGAUGCAGAUAACAAAGUAGAGAGGAUAUGGGGAGACUGUACAGAGAGGAAGAAGUACUCCCACGUGGACCUGGUUGUCAUGGUGGAUGGCUAUGAGGGAGAAAAGGGAGCUAUUGUAGCUGGUAGCCGAGGAUACUUUCUUAAGGGUCCUCUUGUUUUCCUAGAGCAAGCUCUCAUUCAGUAUGCCCUGCAGACAUUGCUUAGUAAAGGAUACACCCCUGUUUAUACUCCCUUCUUCAUGAGAAAAGAGGUGAUGCAGGAAGUGGCUCAGCUAAGUCAGUUUGAUGAAGAGCUUUACAAGGUAAUUGGCAAAUGCAGUGAGAAGAGUGAUGAUAACACCAUUGAUGAGAAAUACCUGAUUGCUACUUCUGAGCAGCCAAUUGCUGCUUUGCACAGGGAUGAAUGGCUAAAGCCAGAAGACCUGCCUAUCAAAUAUGCGGGACUGUCUACUUGCUUCCGCCAGGAGGUUGGCUCACAUGGCCGUGAUACUAGAGGCAUCUUCCGGGUGCACCAGUUUGAAAAGAUAGAACAGUUUGUCUAUGCGUCACCUCAUGAUAACAAAUCUUGGGAGAUGUUUGAUGAAAUGAUUGCAGUUGCUGAAGAGUUCUAUCAGUCUCUGGGCAUCCCUUACCACAUUGUGAAUAUUGUCUCAGGCUCCUUGAAUCACGCUGCCAGUAAGAAGCUGGAUCUGGAAGCAUGGUUCCCAGGUUCAGCAGCGUUCCGUGAGCUUGUUUCGUGCUCGAAUUGCACAGACUACCAAGCCCGUCGGCUGCGCAUCCGUUACGGGCAAACCAAGAAGAUGAUGGACAAAGUGGAAUUUGUACAUAUGCUGAAUGCCACAAUGUGUGCUACAACACGCACUAUCUGUGCCAUAUUGGAAAAUUAUCAAACAGAGGAGGGAAUCGUUGUGCCUGAGAGAUUAAGGAGCUUCAUGCCACCAGGUCUGAAAGAGUUGAUAAAAUUUGUGAGACCUGCUCCUAUUGAUCAGGAACUUUCCAAGAAGCAGAAGAAACAGCACGAAGGAGGAGGCAAAAAGAAAUCAGCUGGAGGGGACUGUGCCCUGGAAGGGAAGAUGCAGAGCAUGGAUGUGAACAGUUUUUAAAAUAGUUUCAUGUGUUACUUUA